AAUGACAUGACCAUCAAGACACAAGAAUGACCGUGCAUGCGGGCAACGACUACAUGAAUUGCCCUUGAACUGCUGAAAAUAUACUAACCAGUCGCGGAACGGCCUGGCCGAUGAUCCACCUCACGGCUGCUCCCCGAAAACUCUUAACGAAAAGCUGGACUUUUUUGUUCUGUAUGUUGGUACAAUUCCGCUGGGUGCUUUAUAUACACCACCGUUGGAAUUUUGUGAUGUUUUCAUGCCAUGGCAACACGAUUGGCUUUCUAUACUAUUGGCGUUUGUUACCUGGAUACAAUUUUUUGAUGAUAUUAUUUGGACAAUGAUAUAAAACUCUGUUGGGAUAUCUACAGUGGCUAGUUUUCCUUUCGCAACAACCUGCCUGAUUCUUUCUUCUGUAUUCAGGAGCACGGUUCCC